AUGUCCCCGAUCAUGGUGUCGGGUUUGCGGACUCGCGGGUUGUCGUCAAAGUAUUUAUUUAUUUCUUCCCAGAACUUACGGUUCGCUGCGGCGUCGUUCGGGGCAUAUACCCCGAGUACCGAGAGUGGGCUUCCAUCGGCGUGUUUUGUCUCGAGUAUCAUCGCUCUUCCUUGGAUCACCUCCCACCCCUGCGGAGUUUGUGUUACCGGGGGCUUCUGUGAAUUCCAGGUGCAUCUUUCUGCCGAACAGUUUGUCGAUUUCGUUUUUGCGUUCCAGAUUCAUGUGUGCUUCUCCGAUCACCAGGAUUGCGAUCUUCUCUUCACGCAUUAUUUGCCAUACGCCAAGCCAUUUGUUGUCUGGGUGGUGGACGUUUGUGUUCCCGUGUCCACUGUUCUUGCGUUCUUGGUUCGGGGUUGUCAGGGUUCGUUCGGUUCGUGUCACGAGUGUUACUUGGCCUUGCGUGGCCGUUUUCGGCCCCAUGUUCAUCUUGGGUUGGGGUCUCCUGUUGGGCCCGACGCGUCUGUU